GAGCAGUAAGCACAACUGUAUUUCACCAAUAACUGUACAUUAUCAGAUUGCCAUGGUAACUCUCCCUUUCUGAACUGCUUGCUUCCUCUUAUUGCUUCCUUUAUUUGACUUACAGCGUUAAUUCUGUAAGACGCAUUUAAGUCUAUAAACAGCUGCUGUGUUUGCAGCUGUGCUCUGCUAUCCAAAAAUGUAGCCAUGGAAAUGAGUAACUAAGUGUCUAAGUGUGCUUUUUAGUUACUAAGUGUAGCUAAAAUGUACUUUCAUUAUUUAUUAAUACAGCAGUUACAACUGCUUCUAAGAAAACAGAGAGGCGCUGAGAAAGGGGGCAGGACUUCAUCUCGUCUCACGGUCACUUCUGGUUAGGGACACAUUUCUAUUUUAACUUGUGCACGCUUACUUUCUGUGAGUGAAUUUAUGACUAAUCUACGAUGCCACCACAGUGGAAAGAUACGUUAGUUUAAUGAAAUAAAAAAAGUAUUUUUAGUUCUUGAUUUCACUGCUGUGUGAGAAAGUGUGUGGAUUACCAACAUCUGCUGUGAACAUUUGCUGUCACUCUUUGGUAUCUGCUGUGCUGUUGCUUCACUCUCUCUCUUUACAGAAAGUUGUAGAAGUUUUCAGACGUGUCACUGCUGGAUGUGAGGAUGGGAGCCACUUUGCUUUGUGAGCUGGGCCUAUUCUUGCUCUGUACGCUCCUCUGCACUGGACACGCUCAAGCUGCUGUGCUAACUAUUGAACCCAACUGGUCCAGUUUUUUCAUUGGAGAGUUUGUUACCUUCAAAUGUGACAUGAAUGAAGGAAAAGACACUGACUGGUAUUAUGAAAUCAACAAGGAUGGUCGAGAAUUUGCCCCCUACGACACAAACAAAGACUACAAAUUACAAAUUAUAACUAAAAGUGACAGUGGUGAAUAUCAGUGCUCUGGUAGCAGCGUGAGCUCACAUCAUAUAAAGAACAGUAAUACUGUCUCUAUAACUGUAUUAGCAGAUAAACCCAGGGCCACACUGACAGCAGGAACAACAAUCAUACCAGUAGGGGGCAGUGUGACACUGACCUGCUCUGUGCAGAGCUCUGAUGGAUGGAAAUAUGAGUGGUUCAGACGAACCCAAACAACCUCUGAAGGUAAAAUCAGAGAUCAACAAAACAGAGAUAUCAGAGUAUCUCAAGGAGGAAUCUACAGCUGCAGAGGAACAAGAGGAAACCCAGUUUACUACACUGAUAUAAGUGAUGAUGUCACCAUUGAGAUAACCUCUGUGUCCAGUUCUUCAUUUCCUGUUCUGAUGAUCACUGGACUCAUUCCUGGAAUCAUAUUUAUUUUCCUCCUGUUCCUGUUCCUGUACAAAAAGGUCUACAGAAAGAGAUGUUUUGCUGAUGACCAGAGGGUGAGUCAGGAUGAAAAUCAACAACAAGUCUACUCCUCUCUUCUUCAUGGUGAUCGUUCUGUCUAUGAGGAAAUCAGAGGCUCUGGAAAUACUCAAAACGGUGGGCGACCUGUGUGAUGUAGGUGCAGUGGGUCCUUCUUGUGGAAAGUCAGUGAUUUUUUCUAUCCAAAGUGGAUGAGCUAUGAGAAGUGACAGUAGUUUGAGCAUCUUAUUUCCUCAUAACCUAAGACUAAUUCUCAUUCUCAACCAUCAGGCUUUUCCCACGUCCCUUUGUCACGUUCUCUUUCAUGUAAAAAAUAAAAAUAAAUAGAAAUAUCAGUAGGAAUAUUUUUAUUAUGCAAAA